AUGACCUCUUCAAUUGAACACGGGGUCCAGCAAGGCAGUACUCUAGAAAAUCAUUGGGAAUAUGAUAUCGUAACAAAAGCGCAUCCCAAGGUUCAGUCUUGCGUUGAAAAAUGGCUUCGCCAAAUCGAGGACCGGCAACUACAAAAGAUCGAAAAUCCUCGGAUCCCCGUCGAAAUCAUCUUCCAAAUUAUCGAAUUACUUCUUAUCGAUCACGACGAAUGUACGGCAGUCUGUCUCGCUAUUACAGGUCGUGCUUAUUAUAGAUUCUUCUGCUCAGUUCACCCAGAACGAGUACUGCUCAUUUCAAGACCACCAUACCCUUUUAGCCAGAAGGAGUUUCCGCCUACCAUCGCAAAACUUUUACACGAUUCGUUGGUUCCAGAGUACCGACUCUCGAAGCGACUCCAAAAAUUCCUUCUUUGCUCUGUCUAUGGAGAUGAAGCCGGCUCUCACAAAGAGUGGGAUCUGAUCCAGCGAACAAGCGACUAUCACAGCAUUAUAUCAAGACAAGGACGCACAAUCGGAGAACUUAUCUUGCCAAAUCCAUUUGGAAUGGGAACCGAUUGGUAUCUUGCAGCAGUUCGCCAAUUUGUCAAACACGUUGAAGAUGCUGUUCCAGAUUUAUCCACAGUCGGUAGCAAUCUUAUGCAAUAUGUACCAGUCGUAAUGCCCGGAAUCUCUGUGAUUGGACUAACAAUGAGUACAUUCACGUCGACGGGACUUCCAGUUCGGUUAGUCAAUAUGGCUUCAGCGUUGGAUACUAGACCUUGGCUACAUGGAAUACCAUACCCCAGAGUAACUUCGACUGGACACAUAUGCCUGGGCAAACAAUGCUCGGUCAAACACCCGACCAAGAUCAAAUUCGAGAGAACUUGA